AGUAGCACAAUUUUGUCCGAUAGCCGCAACACACUGAACAGCAAAGAAGAAGAUACAGCAAGAAUUGAUAAAUGAAUUUGACAUUUCCAAGAGCUCUUGCUGAUGGGGGUGUUCCAGUUUCCUCGUUGCAUAGAUUUUACACAAAAUAAGUGAAAUGGCAAACCCCUUCGAUAGUGAUGAUAGUCAAAUACUUGAAGGCUUUCUCUGUCCACUUUGUCGAGAGGACUUGAAAACGCCUGAAAAGUUGACGAUUCAUGUCGAAAAAGUGCAUGCCGAAGAACAGGAUGUAGUGAAAUCACUGAAAGAUAUUUUCAGCAUAGCAAAAAAGAAAAUCAAGUUGAAUUUCGACGAAACGGUGGAUUUGGCGAAAGCGUUUGAUACUACUCUGAAACCCAACUAUUCAGGAGGACAAAUUGAUGUGAUUACGGACGGCGAACAAACUGUCGGUGUCGACUGCGAUCACUUUUCCUACUUGAAUGCAAUUCGGACACCUCGUUUAGAGAGAUAUGCCAGUGAGACGAAUAAGCUAAUCAUUAGAAUAGACAAACUACUCAAAGAAAGACCAACUGACCCGGUUCAACGAAAGCUUCAUGACCAAAAGACUGUACCAUGGCUGGAUGGCUCAUCCGUUAAAUUAUGUCCCAAUUGCGCGAAAUCUUUUAAUUUCACUAGACGACAACAUCAUUGCAGGCUGUGCGGAACGAUAAUGUGCAAAGACUGCUCCUUAUUUCUAAAAUACGAGUUUGCAUUACAGCUAGCGAAUUUAGCCCAAACGACGGAAGACAUUAGCAAAGCAUCCGAAGAAGGUAAACAAAAAGAUGAAGGCAUUCGAGUAUGUGAUCAUUGCUUGCGCCUACUAGAAACUCGGAAGGAAAUGCAAGAUAGUCGCACAUGUCGACCUCCUAUCACUCUUUACUACGAUCGAAUAAAAGAAAUAGAGAAGGAAAUCGCUCCGGACAUUCCAAUGUAUUCAAAGAUCAUUAAAAGUCUCUACGACGGCGACACUAUCUUUACGCUGGCCGAUGCUAGUGCGCUGCGCGGGAAAAUAGGGCACGCUGCUGAGAAGAUUGAUAGCCUGAGCAAAGCUAUAUUGAGUCUUCCAUGUCCUCAAGGCAGCCGUGAGGAAGCUUUGAAAAAAGCUGUCCGCUUAGCUUGUAUUAAAAUGAUUAAGGAAGAAAUGUUAUCGAUUCCUUCGUUACCGGAUGAACAAGAGAUUAAGAAAAUUCGUGAUAGACGACGAAUGGAGACGGAGCAACGCAUCGAACGAGAGCGAAGGUUGGCUUUGGAGGCUCAUGAGCGGUACGGUCUAGGUGCAACGAAUAGUACGACUAUGAGUAAUGCAGAAAAUGCCGCAUUCGGGUCGGCCAUGACCACCUUGGAUAAUUGGAGUGCCUAUCAGAGCAGUACGGCAACGUCCAGUGACCCGUUAGUCGAACAAAUCAACAUUAUUAAAGGCUACAUCAAGCAAGCACGCCAGGAUCUUCGGUUUGAAGAGGUGGCUACGCUAGAGAUGAAUUUACGCGAGCUGCAGGGAGAAUUUUACAGGCGACAUCAGGAAACCAAGCAAGCUUAAGGUUCAGAAGUUAAUGCAAACGUCUUUUCAUAAUAGAUAAAAUCACUCACUGUAAAUCUUUAUUUAAAAAGUGUGAAACUGCAUUUGACAUAUUACAAAUGUGUAUUACAUCGAUAAGGUGCUUUUCGCUACGCUACAUUAUAAAUAAAUGUUUUACUCUUAUAGAAAAAAUAUAGAACAUUUGUGAUAAGCGAGAAUAAACGAAAACUAGGAAAACGUUA